UAAAAUUUGUAUUUGUUGUGUAUGAAUCUGUUGGCACAAUAGAAUUAAAUGUUAUGGUUUAAACAAACGAGUUAUUUUGAAUACGUAAUAGUAGUGUAAAAUGAUGGACCAGUCAUACUCCGAAAGUGAUGUUUCAAUAUCUCCAUCACAAAUUUUAGAUCGCCUGCAAGUACUCAGGCAGUUGCAAAUUUUGCAACGCGGGAAAUUGCAAAAGCAUCGUCUACAGUACGAUAAUUCUCCUGAAAUAACUUCUAGCAUAACUGAAAUCGUUAGUCAAUUUAGUAAUAGUACAAGUUAUAAUACUUUCCGAAGCUUGUUACAGUCUUCUCAAGAAACUAAUGAAAUAUCUCACUCAAACACAACCCCAUCAUUAAGAAAAGGUAACUUGCAAAAUGUUAUAGAAGGUAUUUCAGUUUUGAAUUUAUCUGAGGAAUCUGAAUUUAUUGCUAAUUCUGUUUCAUCAAGAAAUUCUAGUUCUCCUAGACUGGAUAGUGAAAGAUCUCAUAAUAUCGUUGAACAAAACCUUUCAAAAAAACAGAUAUCUCUGGAUGAAAUGCCUAUACUGUCUCCAAAAAAGGAUUUUGAAACUUUAAUUGCAGAAAAGUUAAAGAAUGAGGAAAAUGUUAUGAAAGAAGUACCUACUGAUUUGCACCAAAAAAAAAGUAUCAAAAAGCCAUUUCUUAGGAAAGGUGAAGGUAUGGGCCGAUUUGGAAUCCAGAAAAAUGACUUAGUCAUACAGAAUACAAAAUCAUUACCCUGGAAAAGAAAAAAAUCUGGCAAUGAAACAGCCACCAAAGCAGUUAACAGUAAACCUAAUAAAAAACUUUCUAAAAAUGAUAACCUUUCAAUACAAAUAUUAGACAAGGAUACAAUAUCUAAGGGCUUAAAAGAACAGGGUCCCCUUGAUUCAUUUAAGAAAACCAACAGCAAAUUUGAAUCUGCUCCAAGUCCGAAAGAAAAAAUAACGGAAACCGAACAAAAUGAACAAACACCAAAUACAUCUGCUAAUCAUUCAUCUUCUAAGCCUAACAUAGAGACACUUGCUAUUAGUAUGCCUAAACUAAAACAUCCGCUACGCCCAGGUCAAGGCAAAACAUGGGCAUCCGUGUUUACCAAGGAACAGGAUGAUUUCUUGAGACAAUUAAAGCAAAGUGAGUAUUAUAAAAAUUUUGUAUCCCCAGCCAAAAGUACAAUCUCCGAUAUCAGUACCAAUGAGAAUAUAUCCAGAUUAAGACAGGAUAGGGAAAUCGCCGAACAGAAUUUGUUUGAACUUAUUGAGAAUAAAGUCACUCAUGACAGUUUUAGUAUAGAUAAUUCUUUCUUCAACCGGUUUUUGAAAAAGAGCACUAUGGAUUGUUCAGGUGAGAGCACACCUCUAGUUAUGCAGAAGUGUUUAAAUAAAAAUCCUAAUUUAAUGCAUAUAUUACCAGAUAUAACUUCCAGAAAUAGAAAUGAUAACUCAUGUAGUGAUAUUGAAACAUGUAACAGUGAGUGUACAGAAUGCAGUGAAAACUGUUCUGUAUCCACCUGCUGUUCAUGCCAAACUACCACACAAACAAAUAUAUCAGUAAGUUGCAUUAAAGAAGAUAAAAACCACGAAAAAGGUGAUAUUAAAAAAACACAAAGAUCUAAGACUAACACACAAAAUAAUGAAGAAAAAGAAAAAUGUCACAAUGACACACUGACAGCUGAAAAUGAAGCAAUGAAUUCUAAUAUGGCAGAGAUGAAUGCUAAGUUAAUAGCCACAAGUGAGCUUUUAAAAGAUAGACUUAAAGAAUUAGAGGAUGAAAUUGAUACAUUUCGAAAAGAAAAUGCCAACUUGACUAAAAUGCGAGAAGAAGUUGAUAUGGAACGUCAAAAGUUAUAUGAAGAAAAAAACACAUUUGAACAAAAAUUUAAUGAAGAAAAAAUUCUAUCAGAAUAUUAUUUAGCUGAAGAAAAAGAAAAACUUAAUAAGCAAAAGCAAACAUAUGAGAGGUAUGUGAGAGAAAUGCGAGGUAGAUUGAAUAAAAAAGAAAAAGAUGAGAUAAUCAACUUGAAAAAAGAAAUUCAAGAUUUGAAAAAUGAAAUAAGAAUAAAAGAUGCCAAAUCUACAUCUACUAUCGCUCGACUACGUAACCAAAUAAAAAUAAUAGAGAAAGAUAAAAAGAAUCUUGAAGAUGAAGUAGAAAAACUUAAAAAAGAAAACAAACGAAUAAAACAUAGUAACGAUAUAACAAGACGAUUAACUAAUCUAAAAUAUCUAGAGCAAAUAAAUAAAAAACUUUCUACUAUGACUUCCAAGGACACUAUGUCAGAUGUAGAAUUAGAUCCUAACAUAAAAUAUAAGGCUUUCGAAAUUGAGAGACAAAGUAGAGUAAGGAAAAGUUUUCCUAAUGCAAAAGGUACAAUGAAACUGAGAGCAAAAAGUGUGCCAAACUUGCAUGUUACUUCCAGAUAUGCCAAAUAUUUCAGUCAAAAAGAUUCACUUAGUGAUAAACAUAAAAAUAUGGAACUAAAUGAUGAAAUUGAUUGUCUUAACUCAUAUGAUAUGGAAAAUGAUAAUAGUAAUAAUAAAAGCAAUUCUAGUAAUUCUGAUCAAUCAAAUAACAAUUCUGAUAGUGAGGAAGAAAACAAUUUAGAAAAAUUAUAUAAUGACAGAUUUAAAUCAACUUCUUUGGAAGGUCAAUCAUCUAAUAGGUCAGAUCAGUUUGAAAACUUGGAUAGGCUCUCUGGGUCUAAUAGUGACUAUUUUAUUGAAAAAUCUAACAAGGGCUCUUCAUUGAAAUCAUUAGACAAAUGUUUCACAACUAAGACACAACCCAUAAAUCAGUCACAUUCUAGAAGUUCUAAAUCACCUUCUAUGCCUUAUAAUAGAUUAUCUCAAGAAUCAAAAUCACCUACAAACUAUUUCAGCGAAAAUGACCACACAUCAGACAACCACAUAGAUACUAAUAAUAGAAAUAAAUCACCAGUCUCCAUUUUGAGCAACCAUUCGUCUUCCAGUCUUAAAUAUGGAACUGUUAUAAAUAAAGAAGUAUAUUCUGAUAGAAUUAUUCCUAGCCCAGAGCCAAUGUCUAGUAAAACAACCUUAUCGAAGACAAAUUUGAAUCCAACAGAAAUAAGGAAGCCAGAUGGGACAAGAGAGCUUAGAUUUCCAAAUGGUAACGUUAAGAUGUUGUCAGCCGAUGGCAAAUAUAGCAAAUUUUUGUACUACAAUGGUGACAUCAAAGAAAACUUUUAUAAUGAAGGUAGAAUUAAAUAUUUCUAUGCAGCGACAAAAACAUUUCAUACUACACAUCCUGAUGGACUGGAAAUAUUGGAGUUUCCUGAUGGUCAAGUCGAGAAACAUUAUAAGGAUGGCUCUUCUGAAAUUAAACUACCAAAUGGAAGCAUAAGAUAUUAUGACCCUAAGAAUGAACAUGUACGCGAAGAAUGGCGUUUCCCAGAUGGUGCUUCCCUGACUGUCUCCGCUAAUGGUGAACAACGUAUUGUCUUUGCUAAUGGACAAGUAGAAGUUCAUGCCAAGGAUCACAAGCGUCGUGAAUUUCCUGAUGGCAGCGUUAAGUUAGUCUACAAUGAUGGCACAGCAGAGACACGCUAUGCAUCUGGCCGCAUAAGAAUUAAAGAUAAACAUGGAAAUCUUAUCAUGGACUCUGCUCCUGGUUGAGUAUCAAAUUUGGCUGCUUACUGUGAUUUUAUGUGCCUUUUAUACUUGAAAAUAAAAUAUAUUUUAUAACAAAACUGAUUACUACAUUGAAGAAACGAUUUGUUUUGCUUAUGGAUUGUAAAAUGUGUAUGAGAUGUAAUUCAAAGCCAAUUUAAUGGGUUUUCUACUUAUGGAUCGAAAAGGAAAGAAUUCUAAGAAUAACAUCCAUUAUUAUUAGGUAAUGAUGUAACAAAUGACAGAUAUUAUUGAAAAAACAUGAAAAAAUAUAUAAGGCAAUUAGAAAAUUCAAGUAUCAAUUAGAAAAAGGAAUAUUUUAUUUAGUAUAGUAACUGGGUUGUAGUUA